GUUCCUUGCAUUAAGUGACUGCAGUGAAAUGCUUAAUAUUUUCAGGCAUAGAAGCAGCAUUGACUCUAGCCAGCUGAAUUUGGAUGUAAAUCCCCCAGCUCCUAGCACAGAAUGCUUUAUUUGAAAGUAUUGCUAUGUAGCGAGCCAGCUUUACUGUCAUCUAACCUGCUCUCCCCAGAAGGUUGGCUGAAGGAUGGGAGCGGCUGUGCCUGCCUCUGAGGUCACAGCUUGAAGUCCUUUUAACUUGCUUUCUGCAGCAGGAGAGAAGCGUACUGUGGUGUAACUGUCGCCGCAUUCAUUCAAAUGGACAGUUUGCAAUAAAUACUAUACUCAGAACGACAGAUAAUUCAACAUAUGAGGUGUUUAAUAUUAUCCAACUGCCAUAAAGUUAAAGCUUUCUUUUUGAAAUUUGAACCUAAAUUCCACUGAACACAAGAUGAAAAUGUGGUUGCUGUUCAGUCUCCUAGUAAUAAUAUCUUUUAAAACUUGUCUAUCAGAGUUUACAUGGCACAGAAGGUAUGGUCAUGGAGUUUCUGAGGAAGACAAAGGAUUUGGACCAAUUUUUGAAGAACAACCAAUCAAUACCAUUUAUCCAGAGGAGUCACCGGAAGGAAAAGUUUCACUAAACUGUAGGGCACGGGCCAGCCCUUUCCCAGUUUACAAAUGGAGAAUGAAUAAUGGGGAUAUUGAUCUGACAAGUGAUCGGUACAGUAUGGUAGGAGGAAACCUUGUUAUCAACAAUCCAGACAAACAGAAAGAUGCUGGAAUAUAUUACUGUCUAGCAUCAAAUAACUAUGGGAUGGUCAGAAGCACUGAAGCAACCCUGAGUUUUGGAUAUCUUGAUCCUUUCCCACCCGAGGAACGUCCUGAGGUCAGAGUGAAAGAAGGGAAAGGAAUGGUGCUGCUCUGUGACCCUCCAUACCAUUUCCCAGAUGAUCUUAGCUACCGCUGGCUUCUAAAUGAAUUUCCCGUAUUUAUCACAAUGGAUAAACGAAGAUUUGUGUCUCAGACAAAUGGCAAUCUCUACAUUGCUAAUGUUGAGGCAUCUGACAAAGGCAACUAUUCUUGCUUUGUAUCCAGUCCCUCAAUUACAAAGAGUGUGUUCAGCAAAUUUAUCCCGCUCAUUCCACUACCUGAACGAACAACAAAACCAUAUCCUGCUGAUAUUGUAGUUCAGUUCAAGGAUGUAUAUGCACUGAUGGGCCAAAACGUGACUUUAGAGUGUUUUGCACUUGGCAAUCCUGUUCCUGAUAUCCGAUGGCGAAAAGUCCUAGAACCGAUGCCAAGCACAGCUGAGAUCAGCACCUCUGGAGCUGUCCUCAAGAUCUUCAAUAUUCAGCUGGAAGAUGAAGGCAUAUACGAAUGUGAGGCUGAGAACAAUAGAGGAAAGGAUAAACACCAGGCAAGAAUUUAUGUUCAAGCGUUUCCUGAGUGGGUGGAACACAUCAAUGACACAGAGGUGGAUAUAGGCAGUGAUCUCUACUGGCCUUGUGUGGCCACGGGGAAGCCCAUUCCUACCAUCCGAUGGCUGAAGAAUGGAUAUUCGUAUCAUAGAGGGGAAUUGAGGCUGUAUGACGUGACCUUUGAAAAUGCUGGCAUGUACCAGUGCAUAGCUGAAAACACACAUGGAGCAAUUUAUGCAAAUGCCGAGUUGAAGAUCUUGGCUUUGGCUCCAACUUUUGAAAUGAAUCCUAUGAAGAAAAAGAUCCUGGCUGCUAAAGGAGGACGGGUUAUAAUUGAAUGCAAACCUAAAGCUGCACCCAAACCGAAAUUUUUAUGGAGUAAAGGCACAGAGCGGCUUGUCAACAGCAGCAGAAUACUCAUUUGGGAAGAUGGCAGCUUGGAAAUCAAUAACAUUACAAGGAGUGAUGGAGGUGUCUAUACAUGCUUUGUGGAAAAUAAUAAAGGGAAAGCUAAUAGCACUGGGACUCUUGUCAUCACAGAUCCCACACGAAUUAUAUUGGCCCCGAUUAACGCUGAUAUCACUGUUGGAGAAAAUGCCACCAUGCAGUGUGCCGCUUCCUUUGAUCCUGCCCUGGAUCUGACAUUUGUUUGGUCCUUCAAUGGUUAUGUGAUCGACUUUAACAAAGAGAACAUUCAUUACCAGCGGAAUUUUAUGCUGGAUUCCAAUGGGGAGCUGCUCAUCCGAAAUGCCCAGUUGAAACACGCUGGGAGGUACACGUGCACUGCUCAGACAAUUGUAGACAAUUCUUCAGCCUCUGCUGACCUUGUUGUGCGAGGCCCUCCAGGCCCUCCAGGUGGUCUGCGAAUAGAAGAUGUUAGAGCCACUUCUGUGGCACUUACUUGGAGCCGUGGUUCAGACAAUCAUAGUCCUAUAUCUAAGUACACUAUCCAGACGAAGACUAUUCUUUCAGAUGAUUGGAAAGAUGCGAAGACAGAUCCCCCAAUUAUUGAAGGAAACAUGGAGGCAGCAAGAGCAGUGGAUUUAAUCCCAUGGAUGGAAUAUGAAUUUCGUGUGGUAGCAACAAAUACAUUGGGUAUGGGAGAGCCCAGUAUACCAUCAAACAAAAUUAAAACAGAUGGCGCUGCACCUAAUGUGGCUCCUUCAGAUGUAGGAGGUGGGGGUGGAAGCAACAGAGAACUGACCAUAACGUGGGCGCCAUUGUCAAGAGAAUACCACUAUGGCAACAAUUUUGGUUACAUAGUGGCAUUUAAGCCAUUUGAUGGGGAAGAAUGGAAAAAAGUGACAGUUACUAAUCCAGAUACUGGCCGCUAUGUCCAUAAAGAUGAGACCAUGCGUCCUUCCACUGCAUUUCAAGUCAAAGUCAAAGCUUUCAACAACAAAGGAGAUGGACCCUACAGUCUCACAGCUGUCAUCCACUCCGCACAAGACGCUCCCAGUGAAGCCCCAACAGCAGUAGGAGUAAAAGUCUUAUCAUCUUCUGAGAUAUCUGUUCAUUGGGAGCAUGUUGUAGAAAAAAUAGUAGAAAGCUAUCAGAUUCGGUACUGGGCUUCCCAUGACAAAGAAGCAGCUGCACACAGAGUUCAAGUUGCUAGCCAAGAAUACUCGGCCAGGCUGGAGAACCUUCUGCCUGACACCCAGUAUUUUGUGGAAGUCAGGGCGUGCAAUAGUGCAGGGUGUGGACCUCCCAGUGAUAUGAUUGAGACCUUCACCAAGAAAGCACCUCCAAGCCAGCCUCCGCGGAUCAUCAGUUCCAUAAGGUCUGGUUCACGCUACAUAAUCACCUGGGAUCAUGUGGUUGCACUGUCGAAUGAAUCUACAGUGACGGGAUAUAAGGUACUCUAUAGACCUGAUGGCCAGCAUGAUGGCAAGCUGUAUUCAACUCAUAAACACUCCAUAGAAGUCCCAAUCCCCAGGGAUGGAGAAUAUGUUGUAGAGGUUCGUGCACACAGUGAUGGAGGAGAUGGAGUGGUGUCUCAAGUCAAAAUUUCAGGUGCAUCCAUCUUAUCACCAUGUCUUCUCGGCUUCCUGCUGCCUGCCCUUGGCAUCCUUGUCUACUUGGAAUUCUGAAUGUGGUGUGACAACCUGCUUUUCCCAGCCCAGCUCAGAGAACACCCUUCAUCCCUAUGAUGACUACAGGUCCUUCCAAUCCCUGCGGCUCCAUGCUAAGCCAAAUAAAUCAUAAUUUAACAAACUAUCCAACUGAUUCACAACAUAUGUUAUGACUGAGGCAUUCAGGAACCCCUUCAUCCAAAAGAAUAAACUUUUAAAUGAAUAUAAAAUGAUUUUUAACUCGUUCCAAUAUGCCUUAUAAACCACUUAAACUGAUUCUGUGACAGUUGCAUGAUUUAAUCCAAUGGGACAAGUUACAGUGUUCAAUUCAAUACUAUAGGCUGUAGAGUGAAAGUAAAAUCACCAUACACAGGUGCUUUAAAUUUAAUAACAAGUUGUGAAAUAUAAUAGAGGUUGAAGUGUUGAUCGUAUGUGGUAAAUGUAAGAGUACUAUAGUCUCUUGUACUAUCCUCUCUGUUUUGGGUCCUGCAUAUUUUUGAAUGGCCCCUAUCAUUCUUGACAUUUUGAGUUUUCUUAGAAAAAAAAAAAUAGAACUGAAGAAUUAGACAUAAUCUCCAAUACCAAAUCAUUUUAUUGAAUAAGUUGGAAGAUUUUGAAUAUUGAAAACCAAAUUCUAGAACUUAUGAUCAGUAUUCCUAUUUUGGAAGCAAGUAAUUUUCUAAACAUUUGGUUUUCAGAAUCAGUAAUUCUUUUAAGUUAGUUUUUUAAUAGUAAAAUUAACAUACUAUAUGAAGUUUUUUUUUUUUUACUUUUGUAUUCUACUCUGAUGUUCUUUUAUGCUUUUCUUAUUAUCGAUUUCAAACCUCAAAAACCAUAGCUCUUGUGAUAGAGUAUCAUCAUGUUGCUGUAUUUAUUCAUACGUGAAAUGAUCAAUUUUAAAAAGUAGAGAGCUCCCAUUUUUUUAAUUGAGAUGUGACAGGCUUUACAUAGCUAGGGAUAAAUGUCAGUUAAGUGAAUAUCAGAAUUAUCUAAUAUUCUAGUGUCUUUGUUUUUCUGCUUCAUUCUAAGUAAAACCUUUCUUUGUUAAAGGUGUGGGAUCAAGAAAUCACCUGUAGCUUGGAAAAACUACAGUAUUUCCCAUUAUUUUUUAAAUUUAGUUUUAAAUUCAUUUCCUGCUUCAAUGCAAUACCGAAAACUGGCUAAAAAUACCAAAUCAAGGUUUGUUAAUGGUACUUUGAAAAGUAUCCAAAACUAGAAGGCUGGGAGGAGACAAAUAGCUUGUCUGUGCAGUGGUAUCUCCCAAGUGUUGGUAUUUUAGGUUUUUAUAAGACCUGGAAAGGAAGAUGCACAUUUCUUCAUUCUCCAUGGUGUGCAGGGACAUAUGUUUGAGUGUGGAUGUGAAAGAAGUCAAGUAAUAAAGGAUUAGCUGGCUAAUGAAAUAGUGCAAUGUCUGAUGCUUCAAGAGGUAUAAUCCUAUUUUAUUAGCACAACCUUGCUAGCUAAUUAGAGAUAGAGUUUAUCUUUUUAGAAAGGAUACCUUAUAGGUUCAUAAAAAUAUCUACAGGAAGCAAAAUAGAUCUAAUACUAUUUUACCCCCUUUUCUUUAAUUUGUAUAAUUUUUGUACUAUAUAUCUAUGUGUAAAUGUUUAGAGCUUUCAUUAUGAAAAUACCAAUAAAUAUUUCAUUAGUUUACAUUUAACUCUUUGUUAUAAAAUGAAACUUUUUAAAAACAAGUGAAAGGGAUGAUUCCCCAGUAGAAGUAUGUCAACAGUCUGAGAUCAUUGCCAGAUUUCAUAAAAAAUUUAAUUAUUUGAAAAAGCCACAAAAUCUCUUCAUACUUUUGGGAAACAAAUAUUCUGUAAGCCUUCUGUACAAAUGUUUGUGUUUUCAUUGUUCCACUUUGGGGUUUUCCUUUUGCAAUGUGACCCAUGUUGGGCAUUUUUAUAUAAUCAACAACUAAAUAUUUUGCCAAAUGCAUGCUUGCCUUUUAUUUUCUUAUGUAUGGUAAUAAAGAGCAAAACUGGUUAGAUUUUGCAUGAAAUGGUUCUGACAGAUAAGAAGUAAACAGACUUUGAAGGUUGUUUGUUUAAUUUUAAAUUUGUGACAGAGAUAAAAUAGAGUAAAAUCUCUCAUACACUGAUAAUUCAAGCUUUCAUUUCCUCAUAGACGUGUACAAAUUUGACUGGGACCAUCAGAUUUAAACUGUUGUCAAGCUAACUAAUGCAUCAUCUGCUUUAAGACACAAGAUUCUUAAUUAAACUUUAUAUAGUGAUAGAUACAUCUGUUGUUUCUUUGUAUUUCAAGGAAAGGUGGUAGUAGUUUUAUUUGAUACUGAUAAAUAUUGAAUUGAUUUUUUUAGUUAUUUUUUAUCAUUUUUUUCAAUGGAGUAGCAUAGGACUGUGCUUUGUCCUUUUUAUGAAUGAAAAAAAAAUUAUAAAGAAAUAAAUGUCUUACUGUUACCCAAGAAA